AUGUCUGGCCCGGAACGAAAAUCCUCAUACCUCUCAAACGCCCUCAACCCAUUCCGCCGCAAGGACGGCCUCCUCCGUCCUGGACGCCUCCUCCACCAAGACCUCAAGAACUACACGCAAAGAUGGCCCUCCGACUGGACCAUCUUCAACCAACUGAUCUUCGCCAGCGUCGUCUACCUCUUCUUCACCAACCUCCUCCCCGGCAUCACCUUCGCCAGCGAUCUCUACAACCUCACCGGCCAAUCCUGGGGCGCCAUCGAAAUCGUCUUCAGCACAGGGUUAUGUGGAGUCAUUUUCUCCAUAUUCAGUGUGCAGCCCCUUACGAUCUUGGGCGUGGCCGGUCCUUUCUCUGUCCUGGCGGAGAAUAUAUACGCCCUUUGCGAGAACUCUUUCCAAAUCGAUUUUUUAUCCUUCAUGGCGUGGACCUUGAUCCACGCGGGCUGGAUGCAUAUCCUCCUAGCGGUAUUGAAUGCACACGAUUGGACGAUGCUGUAUGUAACGGAGUUCAGCUGUGAGGUCUUCAGUCUGCUCAACUCCAUCAUUUACUUCCACAAAGCAUUGCAGGAAUUGGAGCGGGCACAUGCUAGGCUUGACAUGGCUGCGUUCUUGUACGCCAUCAUCGGAGCCUGGCCACCGAUCUUCCAUCGCUACGUUCGGAUGGGGCUGAAGGAGUAUGCCGCGGCCAUUAGUAUAAUCUUCUUCAUCGGAAUCCCGUAUGCUGGUGAGCUGGCGCAGCUGGACAAGGAUACACUGUAUACGAGCAAGGAUGCGUUUCGACCGAGUAAACCUGAACGGGAUCAUUUCUAUGCAGCUGCGGCGAUGAUUCCGGGUGCGAUCAUUACGAUGCUGUUCUUCUUUGAUCAUGAGAUCAGCAGUAUUAUCUGCACGAUCAAGCGGUAUGGCACCAAGAAGCCGACGGGGUAUGCGCAGGACAUCGUUGUUCUGGGACUGACCACGGCGUUGUGUGGAGUGCUGGGGAUACCGCCGGCGAAUGGACUUUUGCCGCAGGCACCACUUCACGCGGAAAGUCUCAUGCACGAUUUCAAAGGCGAGUAUAUCGAGGAGGAGGUCGUGGACAGACACGGCGUUGGGAGGAUUGUGCAAAGGCCUGUUCAGGGAGUCUAUGAACAGCGCUGGUCAUAUUUCAUACAUGCUGCAGCGAUCCUGGUCUUCAUCGCUCCGCCACUGCAUCACGUUCUUGGUCUGGCGCCGACUUCGGUUCUUGCGGGAUUGUUUAUCUUCAUGGGUCAGCAAUCGCUGUCUGUCAAUCCGAUCCUGCACAGGACAUUCUGGAUCCUCACGCCCGCGUCUGAGCUUCCACCAUUGCCGCAGGGCAUCAGGAACUGGUGGGCAGUGCACACUUAUACGCUCUUUGAGAUCGUGAUGGCGGUCGUGGUGUUCAUUGUCACUUUGACAGUCGCGGGACCUGCUUUUCCGGUGAUUAUCGUGGCUCUGGUCCCUUUCCGACUGCUAGUCAUGCAUAGAAUAUGGAAUAAGGACGUUUUGAGGUAUGUAGAUCGGUGGGCCUGUAGGGAGGGAAGGCCAGAAGAUGAAGAGGAAGGUGCGGAUGGUGAUGCUGGCUUGGAUGGGCUCCGAGCAGAGGACACGGAGCUGAGGGUAGACGGCAGAGAUAUCGAAAAGGGCCCCGUCGAGCAUGAGAGUGUUGGUGCCAGUAGCGCGGUUGAUGGGCUUAAGUAG